UCAAAUGCACUGCCAUCUAUAAUGAGAGUGCCUAAAAUCAGAGCAGGAAUGUCAUGACGUCAUCACAGGCGGAGGCAGUCACAAAGGACAUUGCAAGAUUUUGACCGCAUCGUUGUUUUUGUUGAUUACACGAUCAGAAACAUUUUCAGGAUCAUCCCUUGGAAGUUGUUGGAUACCCCAGGCUGUUCACCUAAAAGAUAGUGCUCAUUCAAGUUAUCCAUAUUGGUCACAGUGUUAUGGCAUAUGAUCAGAAAAGAGCAACAUGAGUGCCAAAAAUCCAGACACCAGGUCAACAUUUGACCAAGAACUGGGACAGGUCACAGAAAAGGUUACUGAAAACAUGUCUACAGGCAAGAAGAAUAUGGAGGUCACAUUAAAAUCAGACAGUUCAUCUGACAGUUCUCAAAUUGUUCCUAUAUCGGAAGUUUCAGUUAAAGAGCCAAGCAAAACUUUUGAUAUAGCUGACUGUAUGGAAGAUGUUGUUGUGAAAUCUGUAUCCAAGGAACCUAUCUCCCUUAACUCUGUAUCCAUGGAGAUCAGUACUAGCAGUGACCAAGCAAUCAUUGGACCGACUCUGCAAUCUAAUCAAUCAAAAAUCUCAACUACUGGAUCUCAGCUAAGUUCAUCUAUGGAAUCUGACCCAAAAGCAUACACUCGGACAGAUGGUCUUGAUUCACAACCCAAAGAAAAACUUAGCAUGGAGAAACUAGUGAAAACAAAAAAAAGCAGGUCUAUUAUUGAUCAGAAAUAUUUAUCUGGUCUUGUAGAGGGGCAGCAAACUACAGAAGGAACCGGAACAAAUGUAAAUGGUAGACCGAAGAGAAAAUCCACAGAGAACAAAAAGGUGAAUUACUCUGAGAUUGUAGGAGUAGCAGAUGAUGAUGAUGGUGAAUCAGAUACUCAAGAUCCGUCCUUUGAUGAAAGUGAUGCCGAGACUUUCAGGAUAGACAGCAGCUCCAGACGUCGCAAGGGGAGACCGCAGAAAUUAUUGCGAACAGAAGAGCAGGUUACGUCAACCAAUCAGAAGGAGAAACCUGUUUCAAGUUCUCCUGAAAAGCAAAUCCUAAAAAAGAGAAAAUACAGAAGCCAGGCAAGCACAAUGACUGUUCCAAAUCUGGAAGGUGAUACAGCUGAUGAGGUCAAAGGUCAAAAUGUCACCAGAAAGAAUUCUGUUGGUAAUAACAAAUUUAUGAUCAAAGUUGGUAAAAAGAGAUCUGGUAAGGGAAAUGAAGUCAAUGGCUCAGACACUGUAAACAGUACAUCUGAUGUCAAUGGAGGGGAUUUAAGGUCAAAUCCAGAUUCCCAGUCCAAGGGGGAGAAAAAACGAAAGAAAAAAGUUUCCAAAUAUGACAUCCUGAUUCAGAAAACUAGCAAUGAGUCAAAACUAGAGAACAAAGCAUUGGAGAAGUACAGUGCUCCAAAAGGGGUGCUCCGUGAUGUCAGUAACAUGUCUGACAAUUGGAAACAACUUUGGUGUCAGGAAUGUGGCAAACUGAGGCGGAAUGAGUGCCCUGAACAUGGUCCACUUCAGGUCAUCCCAGACCGCCGUCAGCUCAAGGCUUAUGCAACUCUGCCCCGAGUUCUGACCAUCAGAAACAUUAACCCUAAAAAGAAGAGUAAAUAUGGACCCAAGCAGGAGGAUGUUGUUGGUGUUUUUGCCAUUAGGAAAGUUCAGAAGAGCUUCAGGUUUGGACCUCUGGAAGGGAAAUAUAUUUCCUUUCCAACAGACUUUGAUUUGACAUCCAAAUGGCUGUUGUUUCGGGAUACUGGCAAUCCUCUCUGUCUGGAAGCCAAUGAUGUCGAGGCCUGCAAUUGGAUCAUGUUCAUUAGAAGAACUACUGAUAUCAAAGAUCAAAACAUUGUUGCCUUCCAGUAUGAGUCCGAUAUCUUCUUUGUCACCACGCGGGAUAUUGAAGAAGGGGAGGAACUGAGAUAUUACUACAGUGAGAACUACUAUGAGCUGCUGAUGGAGGCACUCCCCAAGGAAAUCAUGAAGGGGUUCCCUGAGCCAUGGGUCCUGAGGGGAGAACCUAGCAGAUCCCAGCUGGGGGCACUGGUAUCAGAGGAAGAGCCUUGCAAUUUACCCCUAAAGGACAAUAUUGCCAAUAAAGGUGGCCAGCUUUCUGCAGUAGGAAACACAUCCAGUGGAACAAAACCAAAAGAACCACAGGCAAGAGAAGAUCAGUAUGCUGUGGUGGAGAUGAAUGGAGAGCAGGUCCUGUGUAAAAUUGUCUCAGCAAACCAAAAUGAGGUUUCCUUACAGACGGGGGGCAGCAGUGACAUCAGUAAUAUCAUUCGCCAGGCAGCUGAGAGUCAGGGCAUUGGGCCUGAAAUGGAGAGUGAUGGUAGUAAUAUGGCGGUCAGUUUACUUGGCGGGGUGCCAACUGUCUCACAAGCUAACCAGUCUCCUGCAAUACAUCAGCAACAGCUACUUCAGCAACAAGUUUCAGCAAACCAGGCACCUCCCACCCUAUCAGUACUGGCAACACAAUCUCAUGCUUCAGCAUCAACAACAGCAAAACAGCAGCAACAAGUGUCAACAGAGGUGCAGCAACAGUUACAACCUCCACAACAGUUGUCAUUGUCUUGUCAACAGCAGCAGCAACCAACAGCAUAUCUGCCUGUGUCUUCAGAGAGCCUGAGCACUUCCAUAGUUCCCCCCAUUGUCCCAAUGUCUUCAGGCCAGUAUGCAGGACAACAACAGGCUGUGAGUGGGGAGGACUCCCUUCAGGCAGCUUUAGCUUAUGCUCGAGGAGACUAUGAUCACAUCUACACACAAGCUGGACACCACUAUUAUUUGUAUCCCGGUGAUGCGAGGGGCCGAGCAGACUUCAGCUAUAAUGACAACAUGCAGACUCAGUCUGCCAAUGCUGUGGACAUCGCACUCAGAUACUUGCAAAGUUUGAGUGAAGGCAGCACCCCUACAUCUCGACAGGAUCAGUCGCAAUCUCAACAGCAUACUAUGGGAGUACAAGCCCAGCAGGUUCCUUAUAGUGCUGCGACAGUUGAUAGUGUUCCUGCAAGCCAGAUGUAUCCUGGUAUUGCACAAUCGUUAGGCCAAGGACAGUUUGAGAUGGCGACAGGCACUUAUUCACAGUUUCAAUCUGGUAUGGUGGGGGAACUGCAACAGCAGCAACCAGUUCGACCGAUGAGUGACCUCCUCCCAGCACUAGGGUCUGGCCAGAGCACUGAACAGGCCAGUCAGUUUGCCAACUUGAACCCUGUCUCCUUUGACCACAUCCAGGCCGUAAUGGAAGAUUCCAGUCAGAGAUAUCAGGAGGCUACUCCAGUUUCCACAGCUCAAACGUCACAAUUAGCACAACCAGGGGCGCACUUAACACAAUCUGGUACAACACAGCUCCAGCUUCUACAACACAAUGUGGGCGUGGAUAUUAUUACAUUACCAAUGGGUGACAUAGCACCUGGGCCUAGCCAAGAGAUACCAGUACAACCUGGAAAAAAGAGUGUCAAGAAAAGGCGCCAACAGGGUAUCCCAAUUAGGCCUGUUAAGUCACGAAGGGAAUCUUCAGUUGUGGAGGAUGAAGAAGAGGAAGAUGAAGUAAGUGAUGAACUAGAGGUUGUCACCCUGACUGCCAUAGCAAAAAACGGGCAGCAGCCUGAUGAAAAUGACGAAACACCUAUUAUCUGUUAUACAAAGCAGGAGGAUGUCAGGAUCUGCGCAUCAUACGCUAUGAUGGAAGGUCAUAAUGUUCUUCUUCUGUGCAUCAAGCUGAAGAAACCGAAGAAAAGAAACAUAAGAAAGCCAGCACAAAUUUAUAACAUGCCAGAACAGCUGGAGCAACCCACAGGGCCAUUCACCCAGCUAGCUGAUGGCACGGCCCCAAAGGGAGAACAGACUGUUGUCCUUCCUGAUCUGAUUGGACAACCAACCAAAGAAGAGCCAGAUGUUGGGCACACAUAUCGUUACAUCCUCCCACCUGGUUGGAAAUCGUCGUAUGUGUGCACACGCUGUGGGCGUGUUUUCCGGAUGAUGUCCAUGCUCCGCAGCCAUUGGAUGUCGCACACAAACAAACGCACACACCUGUGUGAAGUUUGUGGACAGGGUUUUAAGAGCUAUGCUUGUUUACGUAGACACACAGAAAUACAUGACAAUUCACGUGAAAUAAAGUAUUUUUGUACGCAAUGUGGAAAAGGAUUUUUUGACCAGUACAAGUGUCGCCGGCAUGAAAUGAUUCAUACAGGAGAACACUUCAAACAUAGAUGCCCUAUUUGUGAGAAAGUCUUUUCAUCAUCAACCCAUCUAAAGAGACACAGACUGAUUCAUGAUGGUAUAAAGCCAUUCCCAUGUGCCUUAUGUGACAGAAAAUUCACCCAGAAAUCUGAUAUGCUAAAGCAUGCAGCCCUGCAUGAGAAGUACACUGGGCCUGUGACAUGUACCUCUAACACUUCUACCACCUUUGCUGUCAUAGCACCACACCCACCACAAAAUGGAGCAACUCAAAUACUUCACACUACCUUACCUACAUAUGCACUGUACAGAUGAUCAUAUAGGUUAUUGAUGGAUUUCUUAUCAUAGUGAGAUGAUUGUAUUUUAUUAUUAUUAUGGGGUAUUAUAAGUAUAGUAUGAAGACAGCUUCAGAAUUUUUUUCUAACCAAAUAAUAGCGUUCUCCUGGUGGAUCUCUGAAUAAGGUUUGCAAUUUUUCAUAUCUAAAUUUGUGUAUCACAAUAAUACUAAAAAGUUUCUUGUGUUGACCUUUUUUUAUUAUACACUUUAUGGUCCUGUUUGUAUUGUUUUAUGUGACAGUCCAUCAACCUUUAAAGGUUCCUAUAAAAACUAUAAAAGCUGAUGGACCUUUCAUCCAAUCAUUAUUGUCAGUAAGAGACGUUGUUGUUGUUGUUGUUGUUGUUUACUGCUGUACACAUGUAUUUAAUAUACCAGCAUCGUGCUGUAUACUCUUUACUUUUAUGAUAAGACAAUCUAUUGAGGAGACAUGAUAACAAGUUGCAUUUUCAGUUUGAUCAUAGAUGCCACAAAUAUGUAUUGUCAUUGUAUUUCUCAAAGGCUAGUUGAUUUAUAAUAACAAAAUUUAGUUUAUUUUUUAAUUUUUAUUUAUUUCUUUAUAGUAUGUAUACUU